CAGAAACAGAGUGAGGGAUAUCACUCAAAGUGCGAGCUUCUUCUCCCUCCCUCUCUCUCUCUCUUUCUGUGCUCACAGAGUGAGUGUUCUCUCUCUCUCUCUCUCUCUCUCUCUCUCUCUCUCUCUCGUUCUCUCGCUCCCUCUCAGUUUCUUUAGUGAGUGAGUAGUAAGUUAUAACAAAGCAAAAGAGAAUCAUGGUGAUGGGUUUCGUGGUGGGUGUGGGAACGGGGCUGGGUUCUAUUUGGAUGGUACUUUUGUUGAGCUUUGUUGGUCUUGUGGCCUUCUGGUGGCUUAUCAAGAAUGCGAAUCGGUUGCUGUAUGAAACCAAGCUGGGUGAAAGGCAGUACUCUCUCCCACCUGGUGACUUGGGCUUGCCUUUCAUUGGCAACAUGUGGUCCUUCCUCAGAGCUUUCAAGUCUAACAAUCCUGAGUCCUUUCUCGAUACGUUUGUUUCCAGAUUUGGGAAAACUGGAAUCUACAAGGCCUUCAUGUUUGGGUUCCCAAGUGUCAUUGUUACAACGCCUGAAACAAGUAAAAGAGUUUUGACAGAUGACGAUGCAUUCAAACCCGGGUGGCCUGUUUCUACUGUGGAGCUAAUUGGAAAGAAAUCAUUCAUUGGUAUAUCUUACGAGGAACACAAACGUCUAAGAAGGCUAACAGCAGCUCCAGUCAAUGGUCAUGAAGCACUCUCCGUGUACAUGAAGUACAUUGAAGAGAUUGUCAUAAGGUCCUUGGAAAAAUGGUCCAAAAUGGGACAAAUAGAGUUCUUAACUCAACUCAGAAAGCUUACCUUCAAGAUUAUUAUGUACAUCUUUCUUAGCUCAGAGAGCGAGUCAGUCAUGGAGGCUCUGGAGAGGGAAUAUACAGUACUUAACUACGGAGUUAGAGCCAUGGCAAUCAAUCUUCCAGGAUUUGCAUACCAUAAAGCACUUAAGGCUCGGAAAAGUCUUGUUGCUAUAUUUCAAUCAAUUGUGGAUGAUCGAAGAGCUCAAAGAAAGGCCGGAAACUACUAUGCAAAGAAGAAAGAUAUGAUGGACGCUCUGCUGGAUGUUGAGGAAGAUGAUGGAAGAAAACUUACCGAUGAGGAAAUUAUAGACGUACUGUUAAUGUACUUGAAUGCAGGCCAUGAAUCUUCCGGCCAUACCAUCAUGUGGGCUACCGUUUUCCUACAAGCAAACCCAGAAGCUUUCCAGAGAGCUAAGGCUGAGCAAGAGGAGAUUCUCAAGAGGAGGCCACCAACGCAGAAGGGUAUGACACUUAAGGAAUAUAGGGAAAUGGACUAUCUUUCAAAGGUGAUUGACGAAACUCUUCGAGUGAUAACAUUCUCACUCACCGUCUUUCGUGAGGCAAAGAAGGAUGUCAAAAUAAAUGGUUACAGCAUUCCUAAGGGCUGGAAAGUAUUGGUGUGGUUCAGGAGCAUUCACUAUGAUUCUGAAUUAUAUCCAAACCCAAUGGAAUUCAACCCUUCCAGAUGGGAUAAUUUAACACCGAAGGCAUUAAGUUUUCUUCCCUUUGGAGCUGGAAGCCAUCUGUGCCCCGGAAAUGAUCUUGCUAAGCUGGAAAUUGCUAUUUUCCUUCACCAUUUCCUCCUUAAUUAUAAGAUGGAACGCGCUAAUGCGGGAUGCCCCUUGAUGUACUUGCCUCAUACUAGGCCAAUAGACAAUUGCAUGGCAAAAAUCAAGAAAUGUGGAUCUGCAAAGGCCUGAGAGCACUGAGAGGAUAAGAGAAGAGAGUACACAGAUUAAGCCCAGGAGCCACGCCAGCAAAUAUACACAGAAGUGAGGCGGCCGGGGAGUUUCCCCGGAUCAGCAGCUAGCUAUGUUUAGUUAAUUUAGAGGUUAUGUUUCAGCGGGAAAGAAGGCCUAGCAUGCAAAACCAAUAAGAGCUGGUAUUUGUGCAUUUACAGGCUUGUUUAAUCUGUAACCUUGUUGUCUUCUCUUAAUAAAACUGCUGGACAAUGCACCAAGGACUCGACUCUUUUUUUUUUUUUCUUUCUUGGGCUGUCUUUUGUGGUUUUCUCCAUUUAUGAUAAAUUUGGACGAGAGAUUAAAAGAUUUCGGUUAAACUAAUUAGAAAUGCACUGCUCAUGAGCAUCAUAAGGUCACCAAACGAAUGAGAGCUACACGUUUUGAGGCAUUAUGUCCUUAAUGGUCCAACGAUGCCAACUAGAACAAAAUUACUAUGUACAUCACUACAUUUGAUACUAUUUUGACGGAAUAAAAAGAAUUUAGUCAAAGUUAAGAGAAUAUUGAGUUUCAAGCUAUAAAAUGACCAUAUUUGAGUUUUAAGGAGAAAAAAAAAUAGUUACGAAUAAUUAUAAAAUAGAAUAUUAUUAAGAACAUGGAUAAAAAAUAUCUUGAAACAAUAGUUCAAAUUUCAAAGCCCAACAAAUUCUCGAAAUUGAUCCCUCCUUUAACCUAAUGGCCAAAAUCCUUAUUUAUAUUACAAAAGGUUUUAGAAUAAAACUAGAAAAUAUAAUAAAAUAAUAAACUAGCAAAUAAAAGGUUUCUAUUUAAAGUUAAAUUCAGACUUCUCAGGAAAACACAUUUUUGACCGCCAAAUCAAUUCUGAUUUGGACCAGAAGGUCUCUUUUGAAAGUUUAGGACGUUCCCAACAAAUCCAUCUUCCUCAAAAUAUGCCACAUUUACCUUCAAAAUACCUAAAACAUCCAAAAACGUUAAUUUGAGAAAGCUACGCGCUGGACCUUCUUUUCUUCGCCACGGUCAAACGGUUUAGUAGAAAAAUCUGAAAUCUUGACACAAUCACCUUGGAAGACUCACAAACAUCAUCUGAUUGGAAUCACUCCAAAAUUCAUGCGUUUGAUUACUUUAUGCUCAAGAGAAAGUCGCAUAUCCUAUAUUAGAAAUAUAAUUUAAGAGUAUCAAAAUUCUCACAAAAUGACCAAUGAAUUAAUACUAAGAAUAGAGUAAAAAAAUAUAAUAUAAUAUUCCCUCAUCACCUGUGCACGUCUAAAACUUGAUAGUAUACAUGAGAUAAAGUUCCGGGAAGGAAAAACUAAAGUAACGGUAUUUCAAAUUCGAAGCGAAAUGACAACGGCUACUUUGGCAAGAUAAAUGGGCAAGGCUAUUACAAACACCACAAGCUCAGGAAAGGGAUGGUCCAACCCUCACAUGGCGGCUGCUUCUCGCGCCAUUGCCAAACGGAUCCCAUUGUUUGAUCGUCCUCAAAUUCAGAGACGCAAUGGUAAAUAUCAAAUACUAACUCAAAGUAUUUGUCACACACUGCAAGUGUUUGAUGAAAUCCCUGACUCACAUGCGGUAGCCUCUUUUUCUUUCUUAGGAUGAAAGUUUCUAUGUUUAAACUCUGUCUUCGUGAGUUUUAGGGCUUUAAUUGUAGAAAACUGGCGCAAGUAGCUCUCAAGAAAUCUCUGGAUGGCUAGAGAUGGUCUGGGAUUUAAUUCCAAUGGAGCAACAUCCUCUUUUCGUGACUACACUGUGGCAGUUAUGGCACGAAAGGAAUAAGGUUCUUCAUGGAGCCAAGGUGUCGUGGGUUCUUUGUGUGCUAUGAUGAGGCGUAUAAACAAGUUCUGAACUCCCAUCAUAGGAGUACUCCUUCCUUUGUGUGCUAGUGAGGUCCGCUGGAGGCCUCCUAGUGUAGGUAUUCUCAAGCUCAAUGUGGACGGAGCUAUCAAUGUUAUUAAUGGAACUAGAGGUGCGGGAGGCAUUGUCAGGGAUGAUCGAGGAUGGCUAGUAGGGGCUGUGGCGAUGAAAGCUCCAAACAUAGUGUUGAUCCUUGCUAUGGAAUUGUAUGCUCUGGAACUGGGGAUCUCUUUUGCGGUGGAUGCUGGGUAAGUUCCUCUUGUGAUUGAAUCCGAUUCUCUGCAGGUUGUUCAACUGAUCAGUAAUGACGAAGAAUGUUUUACAGCGGAAGGGGUUCUUGUGGAUGAAGUGCGCCGUCUCCUUGCCUCACAAACUCAAGUUUUAGCUCAAUGUCUCUGGAACACACAUCAGAUAACAUGUUAUAGUUUACGUCAAGAGAGGUUGUGUUUUUGGCUUGAGAAUGGACCGCCACUGAUGCAGAGUUGUGUUCAAGAAGACCUCCCUACAAGGAGUCAUAAAGGGUCGUGUUUAUCAUUGUUUAGGUCUCGGGUGAGGAGGAGCUGAUGUACUCGUUUGAGUUGGGUUGGUUUGUUUUAUUGCGCGUGUUUUUUUGUUCAUGUGGUGUUCCGCUAGUAAGUUUUUUCUGAGACCCCGUCCCACCACAUAUGCCCCGUUUAUGUACUUGUUUACGUUUGAUUAUUGAAUGAAAUCCAGUGUUAUCCUAAAAAAUACUGCAUCCCAAAUGCUAAAUGUUUUUCAAAAUAAAAGAGGAUUUGAAAGGAUCUGAGGAUAAAGGCAGAACCUCAUGUUUAGGGAAGCUGUCACAGACGACCUGUCAGCCAUAUUAGGUGACCGGCUGAUUGGGCUUUAAAGCACAUAGCUUGCUGCUAGGACCAGACCAGUCGGUCUACCUUGCAGAAUUCAAAUUCUCACACCUCUUCGGAGGUGGAGUUCUGUGAAUACGUUUAAAGCUGGGAAGCUCCAUAUAUAGUACCAAAGUUACUCAAAUCAAUGUUCUCUAAGUUUGAGAACGAAAUCAAAUGAGCAGACAUGUCUUGCUUGAAGUGGUGCUUCUUGAUCAAAGAGUGCAAACCAAGAGAUAUCAGGCUUUGAAUGGUUGUUCCAUUUUAGAAUCGGAUACUUAAACCUCCUUAAAUAGAGGGCGAAAUUUUGGAAGAAAGUAUGAUUGAUAUUCCUACAAAUACUCAAGGCUAUACACAAAGCCUACUCCACCUUUUUCAAUGAAAAACCAAAACACUAGGAGCAAUUUUUCUGUAGGUUUCGCAAAUUUCCUUGGUUUUUUACUUGAGUAUUCCUUGUUAACUCUUGUGUGUUUGGGGUUUGUCUUAUGAGAGUGCAAAAUUUUGACAAAUAAUAAGCAUAAAGCUAUGCUUCAUUGUAUCCAUAGGGCUUAUUAUUCAAUAACACCUUUGUAAACUUGAUGUGGACGCUAAUAAAGUCUGAUAGAUAGCACAUUUAUACUUGCCUUGAAGCAACUUUUCAUCUUCAUCGUCAUAUUUUCAGAAAUUUUCUCGAACACCAAAUUUCGUCCAUAUUUGGCUUUUUAUUUUUAUUUUUAUUUUUUUUUAUUUUUUUAUUUAUUUUUAAUUUCUUUUCCAUUCCAUCUCAUGUGCUUCUGCGUCACUUCAGAAUGCGAGGGCUAGGAAUCCUGUUUUGAGUGACAGGGAGCAACCAAGGACUCGGUUUAAUCCCCCUUGGUCCCCUCCUCCCAAUGAUACGGUAAAGAUUAAUGUGGAUGCUAGUUGGAAGGCGGGUGGUAGCACUUGUCAUAUGUGGUACGGGACUCGAACUCCAACUGCUUGGCGGUAAGGAGGAAGGAAAUAAGGGCUCCAUACAUCCUGGUGGCAGAGGCUUUGGGUGCCUUGGAGGGCUGCACUCUGGCUCAACAAAUGGGGUACUCGAGAAUUAUCUUAGAGUCCGACUCUAAGGCGGUGAUCUCGUGGUUCAAUGGUUGCAUAGAUAAUGGAGGCUGGGAGGUGUUUCCUAACCUCUGUAAGAUUCGGCAGGUGGACAACUCCUUUCUCGCGUGCAACUGAUCUUGGGUCUCAAGAUCAGCAAAUGAAGCGGCGGAUUUCAUAGUGUCGCAUUAUGAAGCGGAGAUGAGCGACUUGCUCUGGUUUGAAAGACCCUUAUCUUCAUUUGUAAGAAUCUUGAACAGGACGGGCUUCCAUGCCUCCAAACUACUUUUUGUUUAGGGAGGCUGUAAAGGUUGACAUGGGGGUAUUUCUCUCGGUUUCCUUUUGUUCCCUUAGUGUUUUUAGCCUGAUGUUUGUUAUCCCGGAGUUGGCUUUCUGUACUCUUCUUGGCUUCGGCCCUGGUAAUGAUAUUUCCAGUUCGUCCAU